CGGCCGGGAAGGGAGAGUGCGCAGAGCCCAGCCCAGGCGAGCACAGUGCCAGCGCCGGCGGGGCUGAGCCGCCCGCCCCAGCCGGGUUGCGGCCGCUCCUCGCCCCGAGGCCGGCCCUCCGCGGAGCCAGGCACAGAAAAUGGGUAAUAACUGAAGAUGACCUCACAGCAGGAAAGUGAGAUCAGAUUGGCAAUGCAUCAGUGAGUGGCAUGAUUGAAGACAAGACAAAAAGCAGGCUACAGCAAAAAGGUGUGAGCUUUAUAUUGUCUCCCUGAAACUAGGUUACAGCUGAAGAGAUCAAGAUGGUCCCAAAUUACUCUACUGAAGAAACCGUUAAGAGAAUCCACGUUGACUGUCCCGUUUCAGGAAGGCACAGUUACAUCUACAUUAUGGUUCCAACUGUUUACAGCAUCAUCUUUAUCAUAGGCAUAUUUGGGAACAGCCUGGUCGUUAUUGUCAUUUACUGCUACAUGAAAUUAAAAACAGUAGCCAGCAUCUUUCUUCUAAACCUGGCACUGGCUGACUUGUGUUUUUUAAUAACUCUGCCACUCUGGGCAGCCUACACAGCCAUGGAGUACCAGUGGCCUUUCGGCAACUGUUUAUGUAAGUUGGCAUCAGCAGGGAUAAGUUUCAACCUAUACGCCAGUGUCUUCCUCCUCACGUGCCUUAGCAUUGACCGGUAUCUGGCCAUAGUACAUCCUGUGAAGUCCCGAAUUCGACGUACCAUGUUUGUUGCCAGAAUAACUUGCAUUGCCAUCUGGCUUCUCGCUGGCGUGGCCAGUUUGCCCGUCAUCAUUCACCGUAAUAUAUUCUUUGCCGAGAACUUGAACAUGACAGUCUGCGGUUUUCGGUAUGACAACAAUAACACAACGCUCCGGGUUGGGUUGGGUUUAUCCAAAAAUUUGCUGGGCUUUUUAAUUCCUUUUCUGAUCAUAUUAACAAGCUACACCUUAAUUUGGAAGACCCUGAAGAAGGCAUAUCAAAUUCAAAAAAAUAAGACUAGAAAUGAUGAUAUUUUUAAGAUGAUUGUGGCAAUAGUAUUUUUCUUCUUCUUUUCCUGGAUUCCUCAUCAAGUGUUCACUUUUCUGGAUGUAUUAAUUCAAUUACAUGUAAUAACAGACUGCAAAAUCACCGAUAUUGUGGAUACAGCUAUGCCCUUUACCAUUUGCAUCGCUUACUUCAACAACUGUUUGAAUCCUUUUUUUUAUGUUUUUUUUGGAAAAAACUUUAAAAAAUACUUCCUUCAGCUAAUAAAAUACAUUCCACCAAAUGUCAGCGCACAUCCAAGCCUAACAACAAAAAUGAGCUCCCUCUCAUAUCGGCCACCAGAAAAUAUACGCUUGCCCACUAAAAAGACUGCUGGGUCUUUCGACACCGAGUGAUGCAUUUUGCAAUAUACUUUUUUUUUUUUGAACAACCUUGUUAAUGAAGCAGCAAGAAUGACAAAAUUCAUCUGCAGCCCUGAACAUCACAGCUUACUGCUCAUUGCAGAAACACUAGAAAUCACACUGUAAAGGUUUAGCAGUGGCCUUUUAUUUUACAUUUGUGAAGAGGACUGCUUGGUUUUCAUUUUGUUUUUCGUUACUGAAAGCAACAAACAGUGGACAGGCACGUCAGAGCUUACUCAGAACUACAAAAGAAGGGUAGAGAAAACUAACAGGUUCAGAGGUCUUUUUAAAGGAAAAGCUUGUAUAAGUUACAUGAAUUAAGAAGGACCUUUUUUGCACAUACAUGAGCUAUUCCAAGUUUUGUUCAAGAAGUUGAUAGAGCUACACUGCUUGUUUUGUUGAGGGUUUUUUUUAGUGACAUUUAUGUCACACCAUUGUAUUUAUAAUAUAUUUGAAAAUAUAUGCUAUAUAUAGAGGCCCAAUUUUAAACUGAAAUGGAAAUUUAAGGUCCUUGAAAUUGGUCUCAUUCUGAUUUAUGCUAUUUUUCAUUUUUAAAAUGGCAGGUUUUUUCAUUAUAAUAUAUGCAAUAAAACACAGAUUUAUUUAUUAAAUAUAGAAGAAAUAUAUUUUUAGAUUUAUAUUCCUACUCCUAGCUUUCAAACAUUACUUCAUAAAAGUAUAUUUAUAUCCCAGUGGAUAUUUCUAUAGUAGUUUAAAAAAUAAGUAUAUAUAUACACACACACACACACAAAAAUAGGGUUCACUCAACCUUUCCUGAUGAUAUGCCACACUGACUUUGAAGAACGUUACUUAUGGAGGGGGUCGACUCCAUACUCUGUGUGACUAAAAGUAAAAUCCUGUAUUUAAAAACAUGAGGUCUGGGACAGAGGUGAUCAGAAAACUUCAAACUAUUUUUGUAUAACAACCAGUACACUCAAUGAGAGAAGUUACCAACUAAUCAAAUCCACUCAUUUUUUCAAAUUCCUGGGCAUUUAAUAAACUCACAUUCUGAUAAGCAAAAAUGUGACAAUGCUUCUAUUACAGUUUAACUAAUAAUGCUUUUAGUCACAUCAAAAAACAUCCGAGAUGAAACUUCACUCUUGGCUUUUAUGGAAUUUCUCUCCAUUUAUACAAAACUAAGCUUAGAGUAUUUCCCCUCUGUAGAGCCUUUUUUUGUGUGUAUGGAACAAAUUCAAGUUUAUGCUAGCAUAAAUCAGAACAAAAGUCUGGCUCAAACUCUCCAUAUAAAUGGGGGCGAAAAGGUGAUAAGCACUGUAGGAAGUUUCAACUAAUGAUAUCCUCAUAUGUCCUUUUUACCUCAAAUAAUGAGCUCCAGAAAAUAUUUAUUCUUGAUUCACACUCGUUUAUUCUCUUCAAAAGAUAAAUGAGUUCAUAAAUACUUUCACAUAGCAAAACUUAAGAAAAAUUCCAAAACUUUACAUAUAUCAUGUAGACAAUUACAUGACCCUUGAGAAUUUGCAAUAUUUAUAAUCUUCAAAAUUACACAUCUGUCAACAUUAUACAUUUGUCUCAGGUAGCAAGUGGUUGGAUUAUCCAUAUUUUCUGAUUAUCAGUCUCUUGCAUAUACACAAAUAAUAUUUUCAAUUAUUUCUUACUUCAGGAAAUUAUUUUAAAUCAAAACACAACAAAAAAGUUAUUUCUGUAGUUUAAUACUUUUCAAGAAAAAAAUGGGACUACAACCAGGUCUGGGAAUCUUGUGCCUCUUCCUGCUCUUUCAUUCACUUAUUUUAAGGCAAGUUUCUUCAGUUUUACCGUUGUUCUUCCAAGUGCAAAAUGGGAACAAUCUCUACUCAUAUGUGUUGCAAGGCACUUUGAGAAUUCACUAAAAUUUCACUUAAAGCUGUUUGUUUAAAAAUGGUCUUUCAUUAAAGGUUAAUUUAAUUGCAAGAUAGCAUCUCAAAAUUUGCAACCUGAAUGUGUCAUUUAACAACACAGUUAAAUUAUUCCUAUUAUAUAUAAUGCUUUAUAUUCAGCUUAUAGCUAUCCUUGCAUGUGAGACAGCCAUUCGUUAAAAAUGAAUACAGGGAUAGUCCCAUGCAUUAUAAAUAGCAUCCCAAGCAGUACCACUGCCUCAGCACUCAGUAAGCUGACAAAGGACUGACAGAGCUUGCCCUUUAUCUGUAUGAUAUUUUGUUCCUGUACACAUGGGCACAUGCUGAGCAGCAUCAGGAGCUUCCCCUGGCGGAAGCAGCUCCUUCUCAGACAUAAUUCAGUGUGCCGUGCUUGCCACCUGGUGGAUGCAGCGGCAAACUUGGUUUUCAUCUCAAAAGUUGCUAAAGGAAGAGACAACACGAUUUCCCUGCCUCCUGAUGGAUCUGUAGAUCCUUACCUGUGGCAAAACUCCCAUAGAAAUGGAAUACAACUCAUCCAUCUGUUAACUUCCUUGACAGGGGCUAAGCAAGCAUUUCCUCAUCACCUGCUGAUCCCUUUGUAGUCCAGUGUCCCCAGCCACCACAAUAGGUAGCGCAUUUGCAAAAAGUUGAUUGCAUCACUAUAAGAACCAUUCCAAAGAGAAUGUAUAUAUGUAUAAAAAUAGAAAAGCACGUUUGUGCAAGUGGUAACUAAGUAUUCAGCUGAAAGGACUCACUUAUCACCAAGAAGAAAAAGAAGCAGAAUCUGGUGACUGUGAAUGCUAGAGAUGACUGUAUUACUGCAGAAAACAGGAGAGAAGCCACUGGUUAGUGAUUUUGAUAAUUUCAUGCCAGAUCCUGUGUUUUUAAGACACCGUGUAUCCUAGGCUGCUGCUGCCACCUGUGCCAAUCUGCGUCAUGGGGAAAGGCACAAGCAUGCACAUUUGGCUGGGUUGCUACAGGAAAGGCAGGAAGGGAUUGCAGUUGGUGUGCUUUGAAGGCAAGACUGACCUUGAAUUGAUAGGCAAAGAAAUCAGAGGGCAAAGCUGCUGUUAAAUAAUGCUGGGAAAUUUUUAUUUUCUUAAGGGGUAUGAAAAUGGUCAUUUGCUGCCAAACAACAAUGGAUCCUAGUGUAGUGUUUCCUUAAAAAAAUUUAUGCAAAUCAAUAGAUACUGACAAGUAUCCCGAGGUAAAACUCUCCCACAACUCUUAACUGGGCAGCAGCAGAGAGCAAACUCUUCUGGAGUGCUGUGUACAGCCACAUCCUGCAGUUGUGGGCACCCCCGCAAAGCUCCAUAUUGGCAGCAAACUGAGGAGUCCUUGUUUUGCUCCACACACCCACACCACUUUCCAUCACGCAUCUAGCUGCAACCAACGCAGGUGCUGAGAAACCUGUUGUUGCUGAGCCUUACACUCCCCUGCCCACCUACUUGCUGAAAACUGUGCUGGAGACCUGUGCACGGGGUGUGCAGAGCAGCAGGGUGAGAGAGGCCAGAUCUGGCCACUGUUGUGGACCUUUGGCUGUAUGGUCCCUACUGAGGGGCAGGUAGGAGAUGGCCAGAGUAUCCUUUGGUGCAAGAACCUACUCCUUGCCAAUAGAGGAAGAGGGAGUAAGGUUUGGCUCUGUAUGACUUUGCCAUCUUUGGGGAGCUUUUGAGUUGAGAAUAUCAAAAGAAGAACUAGCUAUACAUGUUUAAGAACAAACUCCCACUAUCUUAAAAAAACCCACAAAGUUAAUUAAGAUGUAAUAGUAUGUCUUUUUUUUGAAAGGAGUAUUCAAAGUGCUCUUCAUUCUCAGAAUGACCAAAGUAAAAUACUUGACAAACACUUUGUCUGUCCCUGUGCUCUCCUGGUGCGAGGCACUCAAGCCAGUAUUAAUGGGAACAGCAUAUAGCUCUAACUACAGGAAUCACAGCUCCUGUUCUGUCACAAUUAUAUUCCGUUGACUUGUUUGAAUGAAUACUGUCUUUUUACUGGCACAAUAAUUACUAAAUCACAUUAUGUUUGACAUGUACAUGCACAAUAUUUAUUUAUAUUUAUUGUGCAGUAGUACUUUAUAUGACUCAUGUUCAUGCUCCACUCUCGACUCACUUGCCUAUUAUAUGCCUAUCCUAAAUCAUACUAUAUAAUCUGCACUGGUUAGCCCAAAUUCCAACAAAACCAUUACAGGUACAGCAGGGAUUAAUUUGGUUUCUCAGCUUGACAAUUUCCUCAUGUUUACUUUGUUAAUCAAGAUGUUGUAGAGUAAGUAUGAGGCCAAAAGUCCUUUACUUUACCAGAACUACUAUUUAGGUGAUAAUUUUCAUCAUCUACUUGAAACUGUGACAGCAGCAGAGAACAUAGUAGGAUUCCCAGGUGUGGUUUAGUUUUGCUUGCACAGCUUCAGCAAUGAUUUACUUACUGACCUCCUUCUAAGUAUACUGUAGUGAAUGAAGUAUUCCCAGGGAGAAGUUUGCCAUGGAAAGGAGAAACAAAUAUUUGGGAUGGGGCAGAAGAAGGUCUAAAGUAGGGACUUGCUUAUUUUGGAAGUAUUUGGUGUUAAAUGUAGAUACUUAAUUUUAUUUUUCAACAGAUUAAAAAAACAAACCACAAAGCCUAAGAAUAAAUCUUUUAGCUAAGUAGUAAAAACUUCCAGAAAGUUUUGAUAGGCUCUUUUAAAUUUCUUAAUACCAUCCUGCUCAGUUUAGAACAUAUCAAACUAUUCUUACCCUGCUUACAAGGUCAGGGUCUCCAGCUCUGCUCUUCUACAUCACAUUACAAGCUUGGCCAGACCAUCACCCUACCAGCUUGUGCAAAGCAAUGAGGUUGUUCUAUCAAUCACUAAGUCUGUUUCAACAGUGACCUCAUUAUCAAGGCUGAAAUAACAGAUCCUCAAUGUUAACGGCAGAACUGUCAGGUUCAUUGUCACUGGUGAGUUCUGCAGAUGCAGCUAGACUCUCAAGAGAUAGGUACAGACCACGUUUGAGAGCAGCAUUGUGCUAUCUUUUUAGCAGACUAGUGCCAUGGCCUACAGCUUUAAAAGUACUUGGUAAAUUAAGUAACAAGAACUAGAUAUUAUUUUCUUUUAAAUAUUUUUGUGCAGUUGUAAUUUGUGAAGUGGUGGAUGUUAAUGUUUUCUAAUUCAAUAGAAAUAGGUUUUUGUUGUAGAAGUUUACUACUAUUAUGUAAGAACUUUCAUUGUCUGAAGUAUUACUAAAAACAUACGUGUCAUCAGUAGAUCUCUCUGUGAAAGCUAUCUCCACUGCUGUAUUAAUCCACCCAAAGCAGAGAGCUAUGUUUCCGUGUUAUUUUAAGUACUACACUAUUAUCAGUAUAUCAACAGCUAUAUAACUUAGACAAUAGCAUCCUUACCAAAGUAUUUCUACUUAAUACUGUAAUAUUUUAUACCACCAUUCCUCAUUUCUUUUAAUGCAAAGUCUAACCCAGCUCCCCCUAAACUCUUGCAGGCUGUGUCUGCAGUUCAUAGUGGAAAGGAUACCCGGCUAGCUCCAAAAUCAUAUGCAGAACCGCAGUUCAGCAAUUCACUUGUGUUUCCCAGAACCAGCUAAACUAGUAAGUUUCCUUGGAAUGGAUAUUUAACAAAUUGCUAUUUUUCCUCUGUGCAGUUAAAGGAGAAUUUAGGCUUAACUUUUUAGAAGCUAAAUUAAGUUAUAGGGACAGAUUUACCCAGAAUAUUGUGUCAAAUACAGGAUCACAUUACAUAAGGAAUAACGACCCUAAAAAGUCAGACUCAGGCUGCCUGUAGCUGAGUAUUCAAUGUAAAUAUAACCACCUAUUUAGAGUUAGCUUUGGUGUUUCUAAGUAGUGCCACAUUGUACAGUGGCUUCAGUGGAAACAGGAUCAGGUUCCAGCAUAACAGAGAAGAUUGGUGCCUUUUUUUUUUUCCCCAAAAAAGAAUGGUAGAAUAGAUCACAUAUUUCCAUUUUGAAUUUGUAUGAAAAUAAAUUGAAUUUAAUCCUGCAUAUGCCUAGUAAACCCCACUUCUUACUCUGUUUUAUAGUGUCACACACUGGAAAAAAGUGAAAACCAAUUAAAGGCUGGAUCUAUGAAAUUCUUAAAGCUUAUCUACUGAAUAACUUAUUUUCUGUGUAUUUUAAUUAUACCCGAGCUUUAUGUAUUGGCAGUGCUGUGAGGCUAUAGUCAUGCACAGGCUCUGGUGCAGGAGGACGUAUACGUGUACAGAGACACAUACAAUCCCUCAGAGCUUUACGGCAUAAUCAGAGGGUGAAAAAUUGUUAGAAUAGGGUGGAAAGCAGACUGUUUCUGAACAAAUAAAACUGCAAAAAUAUUUCACCCUGUCAUUAAGUUAAAAAAAAUAUAAAUUUGUUUUUUAAAAUCAAAGUGAGCCAAAAAGCUUCUCUCUCAUUGAAAAAUAAGCAAAAAGAGUAGAAAAUACUGAAAGAUUUUACGUUAUGAGUGAGGAACAACCCCAUACAUACACCCACAGAUUUUCAAGCAUCUCCCGCUAAUAUUCGCAAGCAAAUGUAAACUGAGCCAUUUUUAUGAAAUUGGAUGAAUAACCAGAAGUGUUUCAGUCAAUGGAUGUGUUUAAGGUAUUAGUAACUGAUUUGCCACUAUUGACUUUUCUCUCAGAAAAAAAAAUGCAUUAGAAACCCAUCAGAUAAUUAUAUGCCCAGGAAAAGACGACAGCGUACUGCAUAUAGACUUGCAUGAGCUUUGCCUACCUCACCUGAACUCCUCCUCAUGCUUAGUUUAUCACACGAUACACAAAUACACAAAAAACCCACAUCAGAAACCAAACUAAAAAUAAUUUCACAAAAAUAUAUAUAUUAUAGUAGUGAUAUGCAUAUUUAAUUUUGCUGAAGAGCUAUGGGAUACUAAAGGAUCUAAAAUAAGUUUGUUUUCACAAGUUUUUAUUUGUGUAAGUAGCUUUUUCUUUAAUCUUUUAUAAGGAUUCAGGUUUGCACAGUAAAAAAAGAUCCAAGCAUGAUAAAAAUUUGCAGAUCCAAAGCCCUCUUACUGUAGAAGAGCACCUAUAAAGUAAGGGAAUGAAUAUGAUUUGCAGGAUACUUUUCAAAGACAGGUCAUAAGUAAAUGUACAUGAGAAAUUAUAUUAUGUACUAGGCUGUGCUAUACGGUGCAGUGUAUACAUGUUAAAUCCAGUAAAGUUAUAUUUCUGGUAUUCUUGAAUUUCUCUGCUUACCUAUGAUAGCUUUCUAUAUCGUCAUCUGUAAUUUUUACAUGACUGUAGAUAUGCACAGCUGUUUCAGAAGAAUUUAUCACAUUUUAGACAGGUUUCUGUCCAACAUAAAUGUGCAAAGUAAGCAUUUUUCCACAGAAACAUCUACAUAAGACUGAUUGUAUUUUGAAAUACUGAAAAAUAUUAAACAAAUCAAAAUAACUUUAAAUAAGUGUUGGUUUAACUUAAUCUUCACACCAUAUAGUUAGAUUGUUUCUUUCAAGUUUUGUUUCUCAUCAAACCUACAAGUAACUGCGUUUCUAGCUUUAACUCCCAACACAGGUACCAGAACAGAGUCUGACAAGAACACUGGAUUCUAAAUGAAAAUGCAUAUUAUCUGUACAGUUCAUACCCCAGAAAUUCUGCAGUUGUACACAAUUUUGUUUUGAUCAACAAUGUUUGUGACUCAAUUUCCUGUUAAUUAAAGAAAACUUUAAACGUUUAUUAGAAAAAUACAUUGUACUUACUGCUCAAGGCUAGAUAAUAUUCUACUAAGGGUUACAUUCCUACAGUUCUUUUACCUAUAGUCUCUUUAAGCAUCUAACUUCAGUUUUCUUGUGGGACUUACUGCUAACGCAUACAAAUAUACUCCAAAAGCUGGACAGAUCAGUGCCAAAAUAUCAACAUUCAUUACUGCGACCCACAAGUAAAUGUGGGACUGAAUCAUGAUACUGUCAAGACACCAGAAAAGUAAACGGUACCUUUAAAAAAAUCUAAAGGCAUAUUCCAAAGUUGACCUCUUACCUCCAACCCAAAAGACAACCGCAAACUUUACAGGCAAGAUAAAAUUUUCCUUACACUUCACUGCUUAUCUUGGAGCUGUUUAAAGGCUGAAUUGUCUGCCAAGUUAAUUAAAAUAUUUUGACAAGGUUAUUCCAUGACAGAACAUGCCUUUAUCUCUCCUGUGAUAUCAUGUGAUUGAUGAUCUGCCUGGGUCACAGGAGAAGCUGAUCAACACUGUAAAGCACCAUAACUUCCAGCUACAAGCAGAUCACCACUCCCGACGUUCAAACUUGCACAGGAUGUUAGUGUGCUCAGCAUGCCAUCAUGAAAUCCAGUUUCGCUUACUGCAAAUAAAGUUUACUCCUCUGGCCCAAUACAACCAGAGAGGCAACAACACCCUGAAAAAAAAUACUGUAGACAGGAACAUCCAUAGAUUUCACCUACAAUGAAAUACCUGCAAUGCCUGCAGUAUUGCAUUUACUGGCAAUAUAUAAUACUGACUGCUAUCCAGCACGUAUCAUAUACAUGCCACUGCUGCAUACUAGUGUACUGCAAAUACAUACUGAAAUACACUAUGGCUUGUUUUUAUUUAGCAAAGUCUUGUAUUCAAUUAACCGUGUCUACAUUUAACUUUUGUUUUUUCUACUAUAUGUUCUUUUCCUAACCCACAGAGAGUAUUUCAUGCAUAGCUGUUAAGUGCACUAUAACAGUGGAGAAGAACACAUGGGCAGUACUGAGGAUGCGCUCCAUAACUGUGUUAAUCCCACAUUGUUUUUAAAUGUGUGUUUUCACAGAAAACAAAGGAGUCUAAGACUUUCUCGAUAUACUUUAAUUUGGGAAAUGUUUGGUUUCCCAAAAGCACAGUGCAAUUCUUUCAGGAGUUCUCUACCAAAUACAAAAGCAAACAAACAUUCUUAUGCACAAGUUUUGAAUCAUGAUUUAAACAUUAUUUUUAAAUUUAAAUUAGAUUUCUGGCCUACUAUUCAUUCUGCUGACGGUGCAUUUGACAGGAUUUUGCUGGCAGUGAUUUCAGUAUAUCUUUCUCUUUCAGAGGGCCUCUAAGUAAGGGGAGAUAAAAUAUUUUUUUAAGCAGAGAGAAAAAAAAUUAAAAAAAUACACAGCAAGAAACAUUUGAAGACAGGUCAAUGCAGAUGUGGUUCCUAGAGCUGCAUAACACACUAGUAUUUUCAUUACAUUGAAAAAGGGUAGAUUUCAAACUAAGAUCUUAUCUAAAUGGCAGUUGUCUGAAGGCUUAACGUUGCCUCAGGCUGUUUGAAAGGUUUAAGUCUUCAUGCAUUAUAGGAAUCAAAGUUGCAAACAUGCAUUUAAUAUACUUUAAACCCUUUAAUAUUCUACAUCUAGACUUUCAAAUUCCACCUUGUAAUAGCAAUCAUUGCCAUUGAUUUAGAGAAGUAAAGUCAAAGCAGUUCUGCAAACAUUGGCCAUAAACCUGUCACAGCUGUUCCUGUGAGCAGCCACUGCAGU